AUGAGGCAACACAAAAGCUACAACACAAGUGAUGUUCUAGAUAACUUUGAGAAAAAAUUAAAUAAGAAUUAUAAAAUAUUUGACGAAGAUGACAUAACAAAAAUGCAUAAUGAGUACGAAUAUAAGAUGAAAGAGAAGGGACAGAUUAAGGUGAGAAAAAAAAACGCAAAGGAGGAGAAGCGGGGGAAGAUAAAGCAGGGGAAGGAAAAGCAGGGGAAGGAAAAGCAGGGGAAGGAAAAGCAGGGGAAGGAGAAAGAACAGACACAGGACGAAAGUGAAAAUCAAGGGAACAAAUCUAACCCAGAUGAGGAAAAUUGUCAAACUAACGGAGAAGAAAACACAAGCAGUGCAGCAGCGACAUUCCGAGAACUUAACAUCUGCGAAGAAAUACUGCAAAGCAUAGAUGAACUCGGAUGGAAAAAACCAACCUUGAUUCAGCAGAAAAUAUUGCCAUGUGCAUUUCAAAAAAGAGAUAUUAUAGGGUUAAGCGAAACGGGGAGUGGGAAAACUGCUUGCUUCAUAAUACCUAUAUUACAGGAGUUGAAAGAAAAAAGACAAACUUUUUUCGCCUUAGUUAUUGCUCCAACAAGAGAGUUAUGUAUACAAAUAGCACAACACUUUCAAGCUCUAGGAUCGAAUUUAUUAAUCAACAUAUGCACAAUUUUUGGAGGAGUAGACAUAGUGACACAGUCAUUAAACUUAGCAAAAAAACCAAAUAUUAUUGUAAGUACCCCUGGUAGAAUAUUAGACCAUUUAAAUAAUACUAAAGGAUUCAAUUUAAAUAAGUUAUCCUAUCUAGUUUUUGAUGAAGCAGAUAAAUUAUUAUCACAUGAUUUUGAAUCAACCAUAAAUAAACUACUACUUGUAUUACCAUCUAAAAGAAUUACAUAUUUAUUUUCUGCUACUAUGACGAAAAGUGUAGCGAAAUUAAAAAAAGCUUCCUUAAAAAAUCCAAUAAAAAUUGAGGUAUCCAAUAAAUAUAGCACAGUGAGUACAUUGAUAGAAAAUUAUAUAUUCAUCCCCUUGAAAUAUAAAUAUACCUACCUUUGUAGUCUUUGUUUUCACUUUUCAAGUCGAUGCAUAAUCAUCUUUGCAAAUACAUGUGCAUCAGCACAAAAAUUGAAUUUUUUUUGUCGAAAUUUGGGAUUAAAAUCGAUAUGCUUACAUGGAAAAUUAACUCAAAAUCAGAGAUUGAGUAGUUUAAACUUGUUUAAAAGUAAUCGAUACAAUAUUUUAAUUUCUACGCAAGUCGGAGCCAGAGGUUUAGAUUUGAAAGAUAUCAAAAUAGUCAUCAAUUUUGAUAUCUGCUCAUGCAAGGAAUACAUACACAGGGUUGGAAGAACAGCUAGAGCUGGUCGUACCGGAAAAUCAAUCACAUUCGUUACUCAAUAUGAUGUUGAAAAUUUUCUUUCCAUAGAAAAGCAACUAAAUAAAAAAAUUGAAAAGUUUACAGAUUUGGAUGAAAAUGAUGUACUCCUCUAUCAUGAACAAACUGUGGAAGCCCUUCGACUUGCUGAUGUCGAAAUGAAGGAAAAUCAAGAUAUCUUCCUUAGACGAAAGUUCAAGAAGGGGAAGCGGUAG